AUGCUUUCUACCUGUAUUACAGUUGCCGGAUCAGACUGCAGCGGCGGUGCUGGUAUUCAAGCAGAUUUGAAGGUGUUUACAGCUCAUUCUGUUUAUGGUAUGAGUGCUAUUACCGCCAUAACCUCACAAAACACCAUUGGUGUUAAUGGUGUACAUUUAAUACCAGCGCCCUUUGUCGAAAAACAGAUAGAUGCUUGUAUGCUGGACGUUAAGUGCGACGUUAUGAAAACUGGAAUGCUAUUUAAUCCGGCAAUAUUAAAGGUUGCUAUUGACAUGAUUGAUCGCUACAAGCUCAAGGCCAUUGUCGUGGAUCCAUUGAUUGCUACACGGAAGGGCGUUUUGCUCGUUUUACCAGGUUACUUGGAACUAUUUAUAAAAGAGCUGAUUCCAAGAGCUACCAUUCUAACUCCAAACAUCGCAGAGGCUAGUAUAUUAUUAAAGCAAAUGACUAAUGAAACAGUCGAAAUUCACCAUGUCGACGAUGUAAAGACAUUGGGAGCCAAGUUGGUUGCUUCUGGUUGUAAAAGUGUCAUCAUUCGCUGUGAUGGUAUUUCUUUUGAUAACGAAUUUUUUGUUUGCAAAGAUUCUUCAAUGCCGUCCUCGUGGUAUGUAUACGUUUUAUGUACUAGCGAGGUGCAGUUGAUUGUACCUCAAAAAUGGCUGUCGACAAAAAUUGCAAAGGGGACAAGCUGUGCUUUAUCUUCCGCCAUUGCUGCUAACCUUGCUAAUGAGGUGGAUAUACCAAACGCCGUUAAACGUUCCGUUGCUUAUACUCAACACGCUCUUGAGUUUAGUUUCCAUCUGGGGCGUGGAGCAAAUUCUUUGGACUAUUCUUCUAGCUACGGCUAUUUACCAUUUGAGGAAGGAGAAAUCGUACGGUAUUUAAGAAACCAUCCACACCUAUCAAAAGCGUGGAGUUUUCUUUAUGAGCAUUGCUUCUUGCAAAAGUUAAAGGACGCAACUUUGUCCAUAGACGAGUUUAAAAAAUACCUAGCUCUCAAAUAUCACAUGCUAAUGAAUAAUGCUCAAGCUGCAGGCAUGACAGCAUUCUCUUCUUCUAAUAUAGCUGUUAUAGAACGCAGUGCCAAGAUGAUUCAGAUCAUCAAGGAAGAAAAUGUAAUUCAUCUGGAAAUUUGCAAGCAGUAUGGUCUAGCACCCGAGCAAUUUGUGAAUCGAAAACCUGCUUUUGUCAAUGCACACGCUGCGUUUAUUAAUGAUGUUGGACAACGUGAAGGUGUUCUUGGUAUCCAGGUGGCUAUGCUUCCUUUUCCUUUAAUUGUUCAAGAUGUAUUCUCAAAAAUGGAUACUUUACAGUCAGGCACUUUUAAGCCUUUUGUUGCUCAUUGCAGGGAUUUCGGAACUUUAGAGCAUGGGAAUAGUCUUUUGGAUAACUUGGAAGCUGAAGCUUCUACCUUAAAACCUGAAAAGAUUCAAAAGAUAUUAAAAAUAUUGGAACAAAGUCUUUCGUUUGAGAAAGCGGCUCUUGACAUUACUUUGGAUAAUGAAACUACUAUAUUUUAA